GAAGGGGCGGGGCCAAAACUGCGCGCCCAAUCGGAGCGACGGCUAGUCGUGCCGUGGGACUCGUUGGGUAACUUGCUUUUGGGAACCUGCGGUAUGGCGUCUGGCUGCAAGAUUGGCCCGUCCAUCCUCAACAGCGACCUGGCCAAUUUAGGGGCCGAGUGCCUCCGGAUGCUAGACUCUGGGGCCGAUUAUCUGCACCUGGAUGUAAUGGACGGGCAUUUUGUUCCCAACAUCACCUUUGGUCACCCUGUGGUAGAAAGCCUUCGAAAGCAGCUAGGCCAGGACCCUUUCUUUGACAUGCACAUGAUGGUGUCCAAGCCAGAACAGUGGGUAAAGCCAAUGGCUAUCGCAGGAGCCAAUCAGUACACCUUUCAUCUCGAGGCUACUGAGAACCCAGGGGCUUUGAUUAAAGACAUUCGGGAGAAUGGGAUGAAGGUUGGCCUUGCCAUCAAACCAGGCACCUCAGUUGAGUAUUUGGCACCAUGGGCUAAUCAAAUAGAUAUGGCCUUGGUUAUGACAGUGGAACCGGGGUUUGGAGGGCAGAAAUUUAUGGAAGAUAUGAUGCCAAAGGUUCACUGGUUGAGGACCCAGUUCCCAUCUUUGGAUAUAGAGGUCGAUGGUGGAGUAGGUCCUGACACUGUCCAUAAGUGUGCAGAGGCAGGAGCUAACAUGAUUGUGUCUGGCAGUGCUAUUAUGAGGAGUGAAGACCCCAGAUCUGUGAUCAACCUGUUAAGAAAUGUUUGCUCAGAAGCUGCUCAGAAACGUUCUCUUGAUCGAUGAAACCAUAAGGAGCCCAGUGUUUCUGUUCAUGAAAUCUCCCUUUUAUUGGAAAACAGGAAUAUUGACUACCAAAUCAUAAUGCAAGUGAAGCAGUACUGCUUUUUUGAGCAGUUAUUCAUUCCAGUGAUUAAAAUUGGUUGUGCAGAAUAGUUUGAAACGUUAGAAAUUGGUGUGUAUAACUACAUUUUUGGUGAUGCAAUUUAACGAUUAGUAAGAUACUGUUUUUAUUGAGAGACUUGAUUUUUAUAAAGAGUAAAACUAUGGCUGCAUUAAGGUUACAAACAGAAAAGUGUCUUAAUGCCUAAUGAGGGCAUAUUAGCUACAAUACAAAAAAAUUUUUUUUCUGUAUUUCUCAAAAGCAUUUUGUUGUUUCUCAGCUAUCUUCCAAAAGCAGAGGAAGUCUUUAUGGUUUUCAUGUUAUUUGUGAUUUGUUUAUAUGCUUGGAAAUACAAGUUGAAUGGAAUUUUAAAAUAACAAAUUUUGGUGGCCUGGCAUACCAUAUCCCUGGUUCUCAAAAUUUAUCACUUUUCACCUUACACUUGAUGUUUAAAAACUAUGAAAACUGUGUGUGAAACCCAGGGGUUCUAAAAUACAAGUGUAGAUUUUAUCAGGGUGUUUGUCAAAGCAGGUUAUUCAGUGAUUCCUCCCCACCAUUUUUAAGGUCGUUAAAUAAUGCUGUUGUGUUACCUCUGAGUAGAAAGGAAAAGUAAAGCCUCUGUUUGGAAGUAAUAUUGGGUUGAAUUCUGACUCUGCUGCUUUCUAGCUAGACCUUUAACAAAUCACCCAAUCUUUUUGUGCUUCUCUGAACUCACUUAUACAGUGAAUGUGAUUAUAACAACUGUGGGGUUGUGUCGAGAAUUAAGAAUACUAUAUAUGUAAAGUUUCCAGUACUAGUCCCAGAAUUUAGAAUAUGCUCAAUACAAAGUGGCUAGCAUUAUAUAAGUUUAUAUUUUGUGAGUUAGAAAGUACUUUGAUAUAUUCUCAUCAAAUCUGUAAAUCACCUCUGCAAGUGGUAAUAAAGCAGAUAUUUUUGUCCCCAUUUAAAAACGGAAGAAAUUAACAGUAGAAUGGUACCCUGGAAAGCGGCAGCAUUUCUGAUCUGUACUCUUUUUACAAAUGGAGCCCUUGGGAGGUGGGUAGGGCAAAAGGAGCUUUUUACUUAACAUUGUCUUAUUUCCAGUCUAAUUUUACCCUAUAGCAGAACCAGAUGGCUGAGAAUAUUCUGGAACUCUGGAUCUUGACCUCAAGGAUAUAUUGUUUUAUUCCAGGAAAGAUCAGGUAGGCUGAAAGAUGACAGGAUGCAGAGUCAAUCCAUAAACUAAGUAUUUAUAACUGUGUUUGAAAUUAAACAGAGUCUAAAGAUAUGUGUCAACUACUUCAUUCCUGUAAAUAUUCUUGUUAUAAAUAUGGCAAGAAAUAUCAGGACCAGUAUCAAUAAACUUCUUGAGGCUACUACGAGUUUUGAGAAAUAAGGUUGGAAAAGUAAGAAUGCUAACACUUAAGCAUAGACUAGAGCUUGCUUGGGUUUUUUCCUGCAUUAUAAGGUAAAAAUUUGUUCAUGUUUAUUAUUAUUUCAGCUUGGGAAAGCUUUGUGCCAGAAUGGGUCGCAUUUAAUAAUGGUCAAACAACACAAGGCAUAUAGAAAUAACUUUAAUUAAAAAACUUACAUAGAAGAUUAUAAUAUCAGAUGUGAUAAAGAUUUGAGUUUGUUUACCUGGACAACAUGGGUUUGUCUGGCUUUUGUUUUCUUUUUCUUUAAAAAUAAAUGUACAGUAAAACUACAAGCAAAAGUUUGUUAGUAUUGAAUUUGAAUUUUUUACCCCUUAAAAGGACUAGUAUAAUUUUCAAUCUCUAACAAAAACUUAGUGUCAAAUCUCACAGACUAGGCCAAAUGGCCAAUAUUUUCAGUUAUGCGGGUACUAAACUUGAAUAACUUUUUUUACAUGACAAAAAGUGAUUUAUAUAUAAAUUGUCCUCAACUUUCACAUAGAAUAAAAUGGUUUCAUAACUUCAAAAGGAAUUUUCUUUAAUGUAUACUCUUAAGUAUCCAAUAUUGAAACAUUGUUCUUUGAAAAAUUUUAAUUCCCAAUCUAGGAUGCAAGUAAGAAUAGAUGUUUUAUUUGAAUAGAGUAAUUCCCAACCUAGGAUGCAAGUAAGAAUAGAAGUUAUGGCAAAGAAUGACCAAAUUAGCUAGAAAUAGAAAUCAGCCAGAAUUACUAAUUUCUUGCUAAUCUAGAAAUACAAUCAUCUUUUUUUUUUUUCCAAAUUUUAUACUGAUAGGACUUUACUGUUUGUGGCUUAUUUUAAAUUGGUGUCUUCAUGAGACACAUUAAAUAGGUAAAACUCAAAUUGAGUUUUCAAAGAUGCGAUAGUUUUAAAGUGCACCAAUAUUUAACUCAGAUUUGCUUGCUUUAUUCUGUUGGGAGUAAACAGAAAGCCUGUGUUUAGUCCAAAAUAUAUCAGUGAUUUUAAAUAAAGGAGUUUUGUAUUA